ACCAACAAUGCCCCGAAUCUAAUUCCUCCUCCCGCGAUCCAAGACCCGAAUCCACUUUUUGAAUUUCCAAAACCCGCCACUAAUUUAUCACCACCACCACCACACCGCUCCUCUCCUCUAACGGUCUCUCUCAUUUUCAGUAGCUGCUGUUUUGAGUGAAAAAUGUCGGAGUUUGUUUCCCGAGAAUCCGACCCGAUUGGGAAACAAUUUUACUGCCGCAAAGAAAAAUCUCUCGGAGUUUUAUGCACCAAUUUCUUGAGUUUAUACAGUAGAGAUGGUGUUGCUUCUAUUGGACUAGAUGAUGCUGCUGCUAAAUUAGGAGUUGAACGGCGCCGCAUUUACGAUGUGGUCAACAUUUUGGAGAGUGUUGGUGUUGUAGCAAGAAAACAAAAGAAUCAAUAUUCAUGGAAAGGAUUUGAAGCAAUUCCUCGUGCUCUAGAGGAUCUCAAGGAUGAGGGUUUAAAGGAGAAUUUUUGUGCUUCUAUAUCUACCAAUUCAGCAAAGGUUGGGAAUGAGAAUGAAAAUGAAGGCUCUUCUAGUUCGAAAACCGAUGGUCAGGACAAUUCUUCAGCAACAUCAAAAUCUGAAAACAAAAGGGAAAAAUCACUAUGGCUUCUCACACAAAAUUUUGUCAAGCUUUUCCUUUGUUCUGGUGUAAACAUGAUUACUCUAGAUAGUGCUGCAAUGUCAUUGCUCGGCGGUUCUCUUACUUCGAGAGCUAUGAGAACAAAAGUUAGACGACUAUAUGACAUUGCAAAUGUUUUUUCUUCCAUGAAUCUAAUUGAGAAGACGCAUCACCCUGAUAACAGGAAACCGGCUUUUAGGUGGUUGGGAUGGAGAGGAAACAAUGGCUCAGCAGCUUCAAUGGAGUCAAAGAAGAGGGUUUUUGGUACUGACAUUACAAGUUACACUAACAUAAAGAGAAACAAGACGGAAUCUUCCAUUGGUUGGAACUCGAAUCCGAAUGAUAAUGUUUCAGUUCAUGAUAGAUUUCAGAAUUCGGUUGGUGAUUGUGAAGAGAACAGAUUGAAACAGCCCACAAAACAUAGCUCAAAGAGUUUUCAGUUUGGACCUUUUACUCCUAAGGAAACGCCUAUAGCAAGUAACUCUGGAAAUAAAGGUGUAAACCGGAUUCAGGACUUGGAGAGCCUCGCUUCUACUUACUAUCCUCGGUAUCACAAUCAAGUCUUAAGCGACCUUUUCGGACAUUAUGUGGAUGCAUGGAAAUCAUGGUACGUUGAAGUUGGUCUGAAAGAGAAGAAAGAAGAUUAAACAUUAAUGUCAAUACAUUUUAUUUCUUUGCUUAGCAUAGGGAUUACAUUACAUAUAUGAUUUUGUUUUGAUGCAUUCUCUUUAUGCAUCACCUGAUUUUCCCUCCUGUCUUAUAACCUUCUGAUUAUCAGUUUAGAAAUGAGAAAAUUCUUGGAUGUGGUUGGUGUUGCUUUUGUUAUAACUAAUGUUACACGAAAAUUAUUGAAUUCA